UUUGGUAUCUUGGGACCGUUUACCUCAUUCACCUUCGUCCCCAUCGUCCCCUCCUCUCCUCUUUCCUUCUCGUCCCUGAGGUAUCCGUCAUCACCACACCCCAGCGUGCAUACAUACAUAAAAGAAAUAAUUUAAAAUAAAUGAAAACGUGGACUGUACAUAAGAUUCCCAUACUAGCCUAUCCCGAACAAAAACACCAUGGCGGAACCAACUAACACUCCAAUGCCAACGGCGCCGCCGACCCCGCGCUCCACCUCCCCCGCACCGGGCCUCACGCGCCCUAGCAGCACCAACCUCAGUCUCCCGAAGCCGAUCGGGAUGCCAACCUCGGGCCUUGCCACGAGCUCCGUCACCUUCGCCACACCCCUGCCCGUGCCGGGGGGCCCGCUGGGCACCAAGCCCGUCGUCCUGCACAUCGGCGACCCCGUCCGCUAUAACCCGGAGACGUACACCGAGUUCACGACCCAGUUCGACGUCGUGCGCCCGUCUGCCGACGAGCGGCAGCGGCCCGCCUUCAUCCAGGCGCUGAAGGAGAAGCGCUGGGGCGAGUUCUCGGCCAUCUUUAGACCGUUCUGGGGUACCGGCGGCGAGAUGGGGAAUUGGGAUAAGGAGCUUGUGGACUUGUUGCCCGAGAGCGUGAGGGUUUUCGCGAGCGCGGGGACGGGGUUCGAUUGGGCUGACACGAAGUUAUUGGGCGAAAGAGGAAUACUCUACUGCAACGGGGGCCUCGCCGCCGCCGAAGCCGUCUCCGACUUCGCCAUCGCCAUGAUCAUCAGCACCUUCCGCGCGCUGCCGUACUGCAUAUCCUCCGCGCCCAGCGCCCCCUCGUUCCAGACCUGCCACGCCACCGCCACCCAGCGCGCGCACAACCUGCGCGGGCGCGUCCUCGGCCUCGUCGGUCUAGGCAAUAUCGGCCAACUGAUCGCGGCCAAGGCGCGCCUCGCCUUCGGCAUGGACGUCGCGUACUUCGACGUCGAGCGCAAGCCGGCCGCGCUCGAGAUGAAGCUGGGCGCGAGACACACGGAUAGUCUCGAGGAGCUGCUGCGCGAGGCCGAUUGCGUGGUCCUGUGCACGCCGGCGGACGCGGGCGAGUUGGUCACGCCGCGGAGUCUGCAGUGGUUCAAGGUCGGCGCUAGGCUGGUUAAUGUGGCGCGCGGGAGCCUCGUCGACGAGGAGGCGCUGGCGCAGGCGCUGGAGCAGGGAAGACUGAGUAGUGUUGCGCUUGAUGUGCAUUCUGAUGAGCCGAAUGUGCAUCCGAAGCUGUUGCAGUUUGCGGGGGAUAGGGCGUUGCUUACGUGUCAUAAUGCCGGGGGUACGGUUGAGACGCAUGUCGGGUUUGAGGAGCUGGCGAUGCGGAAUAUUAUGGCGGUUUUGGGGGGUGGGGAGGCUAUUACGCCGGUGAAUGGGCAGUGGUUGCGGAGUAAGGUCGUUUCGUGAGGGGAUGUAGGGGGGUGUGAGUGCCCGGAUAUGGGAUGUGGCGCAGAUGGAAGAGGUG